GUGCUGUGCUCUAUGCUGGAGCUGGAGGUGGUGGAGGGCCACGACCUGCGCAUGCAGAUGAUCACCACCCUGCAGUCCACCACCGAGGGCAAGCGCAUGUAUGCACAGCUCUGUGAGCGACAGAUCGCCAUCAAAGAGAUGCAACAGAAGGGCGGGCCGAAGAAGCUGACACUGCCCAGCAAGUCGACGGACAUCGACCUGACCAAGAUGCUGAGCUCGGGCUCCUUUGGCAACCUGGAGUGUCUGAGUCUGGCCUUCACCCAGGUGACCAGUGCCUGUGCCAAUGACCUCAUCAAGCUGCCCUCGCUGCGAUACCUGAACCUCUGGUCCACUCAGCGAUUAAGAGUCUUCGCAAGUUGAAUCUGAACAGCACUAACUUGUCGGCACUAACAUUUGAAGGACUCAAGGAGAAGCUGCCAGCCCUACAGGAGUGCGACGUGCGCUACACAGAUGCCUGGUGAUGGAGCAGCACCCCCCCUGGACAACACAUGUGUCGUCUUAGGUGCACAGCACAUGUGUUGUCCCUACCAUACAGCACACAUUGUUGCUGUUAACACAGGAACAAAAACAAAAACUCUGUGCAGAUGUUAAGUCUCUGCUCCUGUCCACUGCCUUACUUUGUAUGCGUUUGUUUGUAUUUGCACUUGUUCUGGAACAGAAAGCAAGGAAGUGCUUUCGCGUUUAAAUUAUGAGAGAAAUUUUUUAAUCUACCACAAAAGGACAAAAAGAAAAAAAAAAAAAAACGCAAACAAAAAAUCAACCUGAAUAUCAAACAAGUGAACACGUUACUGUAUGGAUAUUUUGAUACACCCAAAUGAUCAAUGUUGACACUGACCAGCACUGUGGAGUUGUGUGUGAGAGGAACCAUGAUAUUGACGAUUCACUCAUCCACUCUUUUCUCGUCAAGAUCCGUUCAUGUUCACACGUGUCAUAUGUGUUCAUGGUGCCCUAGAAGACUGCAUCAUUUUCUCUUGUGUAUACAAGUGCCAACGUUGUGGCUAUUUCGUGACCUCUGACCUCUAGGGCGGCUCUGGGACUGUGCUGUGCUGCAGUAUGGAGUAUGAGGUUGUCAAGAGGUCAUUGUUUUACGACUAAUACUACUUCUACUUGUACAACUACAGCUACUAGUUCUAUGACCACUGCAGCCACCUAAUGUUUUCUUCAGAGUGUUCUGGAGGAUCAGUGGAUACGAUUCUUUAUGAUGCGCUGUUGGUGCCUGCAGAUUUGAUAAAGAGCUCCGCUUCAGGUCGCCUCCAACUGCAGCACUGACGACUCUUCUCAUUGCACAUGAUCUAUAAACAAUACUGAUUAUGACCAUCAUUGUGACAGUGUAUGUCUCUAGCAUCUGUGUGAGUACUGGAGAGGAGAAUUAUAAUUGUAUGGAUUAUUUCAGUGCUCCUUGUUUCCUUUUGACUGUUCUCAGCUCAUGAUGGUACGAAUAAAUAUAAAAUAUGACACAUGCAUAACAAAGGUGCUUGUGACUGUGUGAUUGGAUGUACUUGCGGAAAAAUUCGGGAAUAAUUCCACCAGGGGAGUUCACUUUCGGCUUUGUUCCUGCUCUGAAGAAUACAACAAAGGUGUCAGUUACUACGUUACAUGAAGGUGCUUUCCUUUCGUUCUGAUUGAGUAUGUCUGUAGUAGUCCAGGUGAACCAGCUUGAGAUUGAUGGUUGCUUAAGUUCAUGGUGUUUCACUAUGUGCUGGAAGGGAGCUCUGAUGACUCAGCUGCUGUCAUGCUGGACUGCCUUUCGGUAAAUUAGUCUGUUCGGAGGAGAUUUGAAGGUUUUCCACUGUGUGGAGUUUGAUCCUGUUGGAGAGGAAUGUUGGGUGAGAGGUGUUCCCUCUUGAGGAACCAGAACGUGUUCAGUUAAGGUGUUGAAAGUGGCAUGAAACAAGAGCUAUGCCGUGAAGUACCGUACAUGAGUAGGAGCACCGAGGGCUGUCAUCAGCCCUCGUGUGAUGUGUUCUGUGAUAGGACAAGUGCAAGGGACCACACAGUUGCCUUCAAGGACUUCUCUUUGGACAAGGGGAUGUGCUGAGAUCGAGAGCCCGUCUCUGGCAUCUAAUGAUUAAUGUGGGGAAGCAUUUUACCACCAGUGAGAGAGAGACAUUUUUUAUCAUCAUUCCCUAGCUUUGAACUACAGAUCCACCAGAACUCACUCGGUUCGGUGUUGUGACUGUAUGCCCGCGGAUGUAUGCCUCAAUUUGUGGUUUGUAAUUGGUCACUACCAUUGUACCAUUUCUGCAUACUGAUUCAUUCACUACAUGUGUGUGUGGAGAAUGUUCACUUUAUACCUUUCUCACUUUUAGGAGACUUGAAGAUGACUGUGGUGGUAUGGAGAUGCCUUGACGUUGGUACAUUUUCAUUGUUUGUCCAGGCCCUUUUCUUUAGUUUACUGUAUUUGCUGAACAAUAUUCUUUUCUUUUUUUCUCACAAAUUCAUGUUAAUCAAAAAGUGACAUUUUACAGUUUUAAGAUUAGAAAGUAAUUUUUAAAAAAAUUCAGUUAAAAACUGUUAAUCCUUUUCUUUGAAACAUGAAGUCUUAACUGAAAGUUGUCUAGGCUUUAUAUGAAAAUAUCCACACUCACUAUCACCUUAGGUUUCUCAUCCCACUUUUUUCUGGGUGAUAUUUGAUGAAUCACUUACUUAAGGAUGACUGUGGGCUCCCCCUACUCAUCUAGACUGCCCAAAUAUUUUCACUCAUGUCUCCUAAAGUUGCCGUCAGAAGUCCAAAGCGAUUUCUCAUACCACCUCAAGAAUGUCUCUUCGGAAUUUUCAGUCUUUUGGGGGGUUUUUUGGGGAUGGGUUUUUUUUUUUCCUAAAGCAUUUUAUGACCUAUACGGAGGCAUGGGGGAUACACAUAUCUUUAUUUUCAUAAGAAUUCCAAAUUUGAUCACAGAGUUGUGUGUUCUCCCAGUAAAGUUCCUAUAAAUAGUUGGAAAAACUUGACAUUACCUAUCUGUGUACGAGCUCAGGAGCUGGAGGUUUUGUCAUUUCCUUGAAGGUGACAAUUUGGUUUUUUUUGUUUUUUGUUUUUUUAAAGCAGGAACAGACUUCUCUGAUGCAGUGGGGGGGUUUUCUUGUGAAAUCUGGCCCUUCUAGGUGGUAAAUGAUAGUAGGCCCUACACACGUUUGACCAAACCUGAAGUGUGCUCAUGAGAAAGGGGAAAGGUAAUAAUUAUGUCAAAAGAUGUUUUCACUGCAAGGCACUUGUUGCUUGUCAGUGAAGAGAUGAAUGAAUGACUGUGACUUUGAUAUGUUGACCAUAAUAUGAUGACUUCAUGACUUACAAAUUCCACACCCAGGAGAAAAUGGUGAGUCUGUGGAGACAAACAAAACAAAAAGUGCCAUGUUGGUGUUUUGUACUUGUAUAGGAUGUGACAGAAAUAGGAUUUCUUGACGUGUCAUUCGGAAAACUAGAAGUAUGCAGUGCCUUUUUCUAUAGUUCUGUGGAUGCGAGAGGUAUUGUAUAGACCUUCUUUGUCACCAUUGCUGAAAAGCUUCAAGGUUGUUGAAAGUGCCAGGUCCUCAAGGUUGUUGAAAGUGCCAGGUACAUAGAGUAAAAAAUAACCCCCCCCAUGGUAGUGUGCCUGCGCUGUGUUGGGGAUCCUUUGGCAUAACACAUUGGUUGUUUCAAAGGACCUUCGAGGAACAGUGACUUGUAUCACAUCUGACAUUUGAGAGAUGAAAAAGGAAUAAGAUUAAAAAGUAGGAAAGCACUUGUAGAAUUGCAGCAAAGGUUACCUGUCAGUGAGCUGCUUUGCUCCUCUCUAAAACAAAUAUUAGUGCACCCUGCCAAGGGCAAUAACAAAAAAUAUGAUCUAUAUUCUAUAUAUUCUAUAUUUAUAUAGUAGAUUGUUGUGUCUGAGAGGCAUAUAGUGUGAAUAGAAGCUGGAGGAUGAGAAGGAGCUCUCAGACGAACACAAUGUUGUUUUGGUGGCCAUUAUGAUUUAUGUACAUGUACUUGAUAUUUCAUAUUAUGUUUUUUGUUCUUGUUGAUUCAUGGCAACCUAAUUUUCUACGCAUUUGGUUUGUUUCAUGUAAUGAACUACUUUUUGUUCUGUGGUAAAUGACAUCAUGAUUCUGGUCUGGCUUGCACAAUCCCCUGUGUUAUGUGCCCCUGUGUUAUGUGCGCUUGUGUUGUUGAAGGACCAGAACAUCCAUUUCUUUCCUGUUGAUUUUCUUUGCUUAAGGCGGCCCAUACACGAUCAAACUUGCUUGACGCACAUGCUUAAUUAAAUGUAUUUGACAGCUUGACGUUUGCCUAUUCUCGGUCAAACUUGUUUGUCAAACAUUAGUCUGUGCCAAGACUUUGUAUUGGAUGGACCAACAGCGUUAGCUCAGAUUGCUUUAACAUUGCAAACCCCCCAGAAAAAAGAGAAAGUGGCCCAAAAAGUGGUUGUUGCACUCCCUGUAUUUAACGAGUAGGGUGUCGUCAUAUCCAGCUUCUGUGAAAUCUUUGUUGCUGUACUCUUUGCGUUUUACUUUCCACAAUACGGGCACAUUGUGGUAUUCCUUAAUAAACUCUAGCAUAACAUUUUUUUCCCCUUUUUUAAUGGCGCCAUGAUGUUGUAUGAGGUGAGAUAGUUAAUAACAUUUGAAAAUUGAAGAACAAUACGAGAUGUGUCGUCGCCGGCAUCUUAUGAAAAAAUAAUGCUUGACAAACAAGUUUGAUGAACCCCACUCACGAUCCAACUUGUGUGACGGCUUGACGAAAAAUAUCAACAAAAAUCAGAUCCUUCAAGCAUUUGACAUCAAGCAUUUUUGUCCAUCAAACUUACCCAUACACGAUCAAAUGUUUAUCAAAUAGGCUUGAGUCAAGCAUGUGUGUCAAGCAAGUUUGAUCUUGUAUGGCCCGCUUAAGGAGUUAAGUAUGCCAUUGUCAUAUUUCUCUCACAGUUUUCUACUCCACAAAAGAACUGCCUUUUGAUUUGAAGUCUUGAUUGUGGUUUUAUUAAACCUAACAAAGAGUAGAAGGGUCAUGGCUCAUGGUGUUGAGUGUUGUGGAAAUGAUUAUCCUUAAGCAGGUUGCCUAACACCCCUUUAUUGAACAUAUAGUGUGACAGGUUUUAUAACUCAAGUGAACACACAGAAGGCUGUGGAAGAUACAGCAGAUGUUUCAGCCUUUUUAGCGUGUGUCCCCCUGAGCUGACUAGAUCCUCACACGUGAGUUCCCCAAGGACAAAUGCUAGAUUUAUACCAUACCAUCGCGCACAGAAGUGUGUGUGUUCUGUGUGAGUAAGUAAAGAUAGCUCAGUAGGCCUAUACUUGGGGAUCCAUAGGAUUAAGGAUGUUGGAGCUCCCUGUCUCAGAGUUGACAAAAAGAUCAGAGUUUAUUGGUGAGCGAGAAGAAUGCUAAAAGUGAGCCAUAGUCUUGGUCAAGGCUUGCGAAAUGCUUAGUGACAGACGGCCGAAGCCCAUUCUGGCUGACUCGAUUGUCCUGACUUUUGUAGGUUUUGAUACGUACUGUUGUGUUAGUGAUGCAGCAGCUGUGUCUGGUUCUGAGACUUGCUUGAAAGUGUGGUUCUGUGUUUCCAAAACACUUUGCCUUAACUCAUGUGUUCAUCACUACUAGGUGUAUGUUGAUACCAGACAUGUCUUUUGUACUCCAUGCUAUAGUUUUUACAUGACUGUGGAAAAAUGUGAUGGCUGCGAUUGAGAGUGACAAUCAACACGUGUGUUAUAUGGAGUUGACCUUUACACCCACUUACCACUAUACAAAUAUGGUUUUACUUCAUCAACAGUGUUUCUUCUGGAACUAUUUUUAAUCUUGCUUGCAUUUUUUUUGGGUUUCAUUCCUUUUGUAUCUGCUUCAGUGUAGGAAAAGCAUAACCAACGGUAGUGUUGAGAAUCCUGCUAGUUUGCUGUACUGAUAGUUAUCAGCUGUAAGUCAAAUCUGUGUGUGUUUUUGGCCUUACUAUGUUUUUAGAGUGCUUACUGUCUUUGUUUAAAAGUAAAAGAUGUUGAAACACAUUUAUCAAGGCCUAUUUAUAGACAAGUUUUAUUUGUGGCGAAUUCUACCAGUAGUUACCGGCUCAUCAAACCAGAUGGAUUAUAGAACAGCUGUCGGAGCAAAGAGAUUUUUAUUUUAAGAUAAACCACAGAGACGUCCCAAAGCUGUGGAUGCUUAUGACAGGUCAAGUCAUUUGCUGGACUUCCUAAUCCUUUUGUUUGCCCAACUUUGUUACGUUGCAGUUUUGCUCGUCAGCAAAAAGUAUUCAUUUCUUGUAUUCUAUGUACUAGAAUAGAUUUAUGCUGUUAAUUUUGUAAUAAGAUGUUGGGUAGGUAACAAGAUGAAGUGCCCAGCCAAUGACUGUUUUUUGACACAGAGAGGUUGUAUUCCUAAACUGCUCCUUGAUUCUACACUGUCUUAUGUCAGCUGAGUAGACGCUGCUAUAGUAUAACUUGCAAGUUGUGGACACUUUCAUUAAAUUUCCUGUUAAUGUUAAUGUUAUGUAGUCUGAUUCCGACUUGGUUUGCUGUUCUUGCCACAUGAGUUAAGUUGUUAACUAACCCUCUAGGUCAGGGGUUUCAUCAUGAUCUGUGAGGAGACAGGGAAGGGGCUACCGGUACCAUAGUGUCCUGAAAAAUUACUAUUACUAUUAGAAUGGUGCAUACAGAUAAGUCAUGGACUUUGCUGGGAAGUGUUGUAGAAUGCAAGUACAAGAAGCCCAGGAGGUGAACACGCACUACACUGAGAUACGAGGGCACUACACUGAGAUACGAGGGCACUACACUGAAAUACGAGGGCAGCGGGUUUAUUUGCUUACGCUGUCUUUUUUUUUUUUUUUUUUUUAAAUAAACUGUGAUGAAGAACCAAGUGAUAUAUUCAUACAGCCAAAGAUGGGGGAGGGGAUCGGAUGGAUUGUGAAAAUUUUCAGCAAAAUACGUUCUAGUCCAGUCUCAAUAUAAACUAAAUUUUUGCUCUUUAUGUUUUGUGAUGUUUGCAAUUUUUUCACAUGGAAUUUCGCAUUGUUCCUUUCCUAGACCACAAAUGUUUUCUUACAUUUUAUGUUGCAUUCAACAGCUGCAACAGAUUACAUAUGUUUUGUUUUUUUCCAUUUAAGCACUGUUACAUUGGGUGAUUUAUGGUGUAAUCAUGAUGUGUCAUGUUUGCUUUCAGCUGUGUUGAUUUUAAUUUUACACCAGGUAUUUUUAUUUGUGAAAGUGGGAGAGACAGAAAGAAAUAUGUGGAGCAAUUGUAAUAAUAUUUUGAUAAUUUAAAAAAAAGUAUUUGGAUUUAAAUUUGUUGCUCAUCACAGGAAAAAAAAACCCGUUAUGAUUUGGGCAGUUCUGUUGUUAAAAUGUUACCCGACAUUUGUGAAAACUGGCUGCAAUGGCAAAAUGGCAGGGCGUGGAACCUGGGCUCAGACUGUCCAGGUGCUUGUGGUCUUUACCAUUUUUUGUAAAUCUGAACUUUUUAUAUCGCCUGGAUGGGUUCUUGUUUUUCCCCUUUUUCAUCUUGUAACAUUUUCCGUAAAUCUAGAUGGUUUUCUUACUCUUGUGGUAACGAUAUUUUGACACACGAUUUUAAUGCAGAAGACCUGGUUUGAGAAGCAAGUUUGAAGCAGCCUGCCUCUUAAAAAACCUCACUCUGUGUUCAUGAGGGUGUAAGAAUAAGAUAUAAAUUACCAUAAUAUUUUAGAAGCAGAGUCAGUUCAUGUGGAAUGAUCACCUCCUUGUUUCUGACUCAUCACCUAAACAAGUCAAUUUGUCAUCCUUUACCAACAUUGCCUCUACAAGUUUUUUGUUGUGUUUUUACUUUUUCAUGGCUUGCUGUGGUUUGCUUGUGCAGAGAUGGAACUAACUGUUCCGUACGUUUUCCCUUUUUGUUUGUAUUAUGUGUGCUGAAAUAUAUGUCAGCAAUAAUGUGGUAGGGCAUAGACAAUUUGGUCUCAUUAUCUUGGCAGUUCCAGUUAAUAAAAUAGUUAAAAUGGGAUAUGGGGGAUUAUGUCAAGGUCAAAGAAUUUGUUAAGAGGUAUUCAUUCAGGCUGUUUGCUUCGUUAUAAUUAUGGUGUUCUAUACCCUGAUGCAGGGUGAGAAAGGCAGUGAUGGUGAUGAUUCAGGCUAUGGGAACUUUGGUAUGACAUCUAUAAAGUCUGACCCUUGGCAUGCAGAUAUAUGGGUCAUAUUUCAGGUGGGGACAAGUUUUGGUUUUGCUGUGUUUAUUGGAAAAAAAAGGUAAAAAAAGGUAAAAGUAAAAGGAACUCUUGGCAUCUGAGCCCAAAACUUGGUUCACUUUCCAUACCUGUAUAGGUGAUGGAAGGGCCAGAGUUGUAAUCUUUGGAAAGCAAAUUAUUUUGCAAACACUAAGCUUUACUUUAGAGAAAGAUUUUUGUAGUUAGGUGUCAUCAUGUUCUAGGUUUUUUCACUGUGCUAAGCUUUCUGUCCUUAAGUCUUUUUGGCUGCUGCGCCUGAAAAAUGUAGUUGUAUCUGAGAAUGUGGGACGGCUGUCGGAGGUAGUGAAAGUAAAAUAGAAGCGAUAGAAAUGUGGUUUCUUAGGAGAAGAGUGAGAAUUUCGGGGAAGGAAAAGAAAUAAAAAAGGUAGUGCUGAAAUAAGCUGGCAUGGGCUGCUUACUGAUUAAAGCAGAUGGGAAGACAGUUGCUGGGACACUUGAGAAUUGACCUAAAACAUUGAAGAGAUGGAUCUCCCUGGAAUAAUAAAAGGCAAAAGAGGCAAGGGAUAGACCAGGAGCAAGUUACUAAGAGAACCUGAACAGAUGGAUGACAGAGACAGUCAAGUGUACUGUAAUAAUACAGGAUUCUUGUUAGAGCCUCUGAGCAAAGAAAUGAGUUGCCAUUCAUUAUUGCUGAUGUCUGUUUCAGAUCGGUCAUUUCAGCUUGAUUGAUGAUGGUCUGAGAAAUGACAUUUGAGUUUCCUGGCCUAGUGAUCUUAGGUCUGUACUGAGCUUUUGCGUUUUCAUAAAUCUGUUGUGUUGAAUGUUUAUUUUUGGUGUAUUUUCCUCAUCUCCUUUCUUUUGUUUGUUCUCUCUGCCCUGCCACGCCCACCAGUUUGUCUCCUAGUCCGUUCUCCUGUACAGCAAUAUGUAGGCAUAUUCCUCCUUUCCCUGCCAGCUUCAGUCCUCCUUCCUUCCGGUGUAUUGCACCCUGUACAGUCCACCUCCAAAUGCUUUGAUUCUUUCGUGUCGAUGAACACUCUUGAGUACUAUUUUCUUCUGAAGAUCAUAUGUAUGUAUAAAUGCUAUAAAUAUAUUAUAUAUACAUAUAUAUAUAUAUUAUUAUAUUAUUAUAUUGAAAUGCUUCUCGUUUUAUUUGUUUCAAAUCAAAUCAUUUCAAGAUUGAGAAUAUAUUUAUACAUGCAUUUUCAAUUUUGUCACACUGUUACCAAUUGUUACUGUGUGUUUUGGAGAUAAAACUUCAGUUUCUUUGCCUCUCCUCAAGGAGGGGAAAACCUUGAAAAACAAACCCUGACCAUUGAGAGAAUGCAACAACAUGCAUUGAUUUUUCCCUUGUGUGUGCAAUGAGCAUCUUGUGAUGACCUAGUUUCUCUGAGUCCAUCAAUUUGAGUGAAUCUAUCUCUUCAUGAAAUGUGUUCUUUGAUUUAAAUAAGACAAUUGCUAAAGGACUUCUGUCCCCCGUCUUUUUCCCCUGAUGAGCAGUCCUUGCUACAUUUUGUCAGCUUGUUAUCCAAUGUUGAGGAUAAGAAUUUUCUAAGUUGGAACAGAUUUUAUAAGCAGAAGUGUGUAAACUGUCUGCCAUAGAUGGUUAUGAUUUGACCAGUUGUACGAUCAUCUGGUUUAUUAUUUUCCACACGGAAAGAGCACAGGAGGAUUUGGUUUUAUCGGGAGGUGUGUGAUUCUCUACAGCUGAUGUUUUGGACAGUUGACUUAUAGCCGUAAUGUUUUGUUGAACACAGCACCAAGAACUUACUUCUCUUCCCCUUCACAGAUAAUCAGUGUUUCUUUUUCCUCACUGCCUCUUAAUUCAGGCCACGAGACUCAACACCGUUUCUUUCAUUUCUUGUGGCGCUGUAAAAUCCACCUCCGUUAUGUUGACUCUCAACCUGUUGUUCUUCUCUGUUGUUUGCAAACGGUUUUACACGAAUCUACAAACUUACUUCCUAAACUUGUUUGAUUUAUGUUGUACUUGGAGAUCCCAGACAACUUACAGAUGAUGGUUUUUAAAGAUUAUUAUCACUUUUCCGGAAGUUCUGUUCUAUUUUUCCCAUCAAGAGUUCACUGUGAAAAAGUCAGAAGUCGAUUAAUGCAGAACGUCCCUGGAUAUUAACAGCGUUCCUUCCUCCCACAGCUGGGUGUGUCUGGGUUUUUUCUUUCCCAGAAUGGGCAUUGUAAUUGUUCAGGGCUUAAUAAACGUGUGAAGCAUGUUGACAAAAAGAGUUACUUCUCGGAUUCGAGCCCUUUGGAAAUAGAUACAUCACGCUUAUAGGUGAAGUUUUUACAGUGUAUAAGUAUGGAAUAAUAAAAGGCAUGUUAUACUUAAAGAAUAUGGCAUCAAUAAAAAAUGUACAAAUGUGACCCUAGUGUCGACUUUAGGCCAAUAUCUCCAUUUCUGGAUUUUGAGAAGUGACUCGUUUUGUCAGCACGCCUCACAAAUGAUCUACAGCUGUCCUUGCUAAUCUCGCUGUCUCUAUUGGGAGGAAAUUGAUAAAAGCAUGUUUAAGCCAACCAGCAGACAUUACUGAAUCUAUUGGUAGCUGACCAUUCUGAACACUGGUGUUCUUUACCGAGCGAAUGAUAAUUUUUUACAUCAGGGUUAGUUUUAAUGAGAGUUCUGACGAUUUGGUGAAAUUGAUGAAAACGAACUUUUCUUUGAUGUGGUAAGUAUAAAUUAAGCUUGUAGCGGUUUCACAAUGCUAAGAGAGUCUUUCUUUGGUUUUGGAAACAUUACAGUUCUACUGGACCAGUACAUAGUACUUACGACAUCAUUGGGUGCUCAGUAAUACGGAGCAUGUUGAGCUUUCAUGGAGCCUUUUGGGUGCCAGCCUGCUUAGUCAAUUACUUGCUGUGAAUUUAUGUUAUUAAUUGUAGAUUAAUAAUAUAACCAUAUGAAACUGAUGGCAUAACAUGUUACAUAUACUUGCCUUGGAGAAUUGUAAAUGUUAAGGAUGAGGGAGAGAAGAUUGUGAUCUUCUAACUUUUUUGUUUUGAGGUUAUUCCCCCCCCCCCCCCCCCCCCCCCAAAAUUGAUUUGAGAACAAGUUCAGAAAUUAUUUUUUUAUAUUUCUUGAAUUAUUAUUUUUUUGUGAUUUUGAAUUGCAUUUAUUUAUGUAUUUGCAGUUGAAUAACUGGGGCUGGAGGGAAAAAAAUUCUGUCAUCAAAUUGAUUAUCUCCACAUUCUUCAAUAAAUGGAAGUCUGCAUUUUGAUGUUGUAAACACUCA